AUGUCUAGGUUGUACGAGAUUUGUUUGCGUGGAGAUGCUGACUCCAGCUCCUUGAUCAGUGGAUCAGCGCUGCAAAGAGAACUCCAACCAAAGGUCGUCGGAAUACUCGAGCUCUCUCCGUCACUGCCUGUCACUCUCAAGUCUCGUCUUCAUCUCCGGAAAAUGUACAUGUCGGAAACGAUGCCGUGGCUUCCUCAUAUUCGGAACCUGCGUCUCAGCCUCCUUAUGGGCGCAAUCGGUAAGCGGAUCCGAACCAUUUCGAGUCUAACAUCACUAAACCCGAGACACAGACGCCAAUCAUCCGAAUCAUAUGCCAUUGCGACCAACUCCACCCCCUCGACCUCAAUACAAACGCCCAUUGAAUCGGUCACGACGGGGUUAGGUGAUUGGCUCGAACUAAUCUUUGAAAGCUGUUUUGAAAUGAUCUUUGGCUUCUGGAUGGGCCGACAUUGUUGUCCGUUUGUUGUGGAUCCGAAAUGCGAUAUCAUCUUUCGGCCGACUCGACUAUUCAGUGAACUCGAUGCGUACAUCGGCGAAGAUUGGGAAGCACGAAAUCUUGACCGUGCGGUCUCAUUACCGGGCCACAGGCAAGAGAGAGAUCGCCAAAUUGAUCGGUCUCUCCGACAUGCAAUACGAUCGUUUGCGGCUCGGUGGCUGCAUCUCAUCCCGUCUACGGACCGCGUGGGUCCCGCGCAUGACGAUAUCGUCAGGGACAUAUGGCGAACGUCGCGGCGGGAUAUGCUGAGGGUGGUCAACCGCGUAUCGUAUCGUUCCGUCCUUACAUUGUUCCUCUUUGGGUUGACUCCCAUUCCGACCGGAAUUUCGGAAGAGGAAGAAAUGGAUGGACUGACAGGCCAAAUAUGCGUUCAAACGGCACUACAACAGGUGCAGAGACUGCGUGAACGACAACGAAAUUGCCAGUUCAACGGUGCCAAAGUAUCACCGGGACCAGACGCCCUUGAAAGCCCAGCGCCUCCGUCCAAGCUCACUCACAGCUAUUUGAGCUCGGAAAGCCGGGCAUACUGGGCAGCCUUGACUUUUGACACCUCAGCGUCCCUGACUCUGAAUUUCCGGUCCUCUCUCUCGUCUGGCCUCCACGGCGUGAGUUCGGAAUCGCCCUGGCGUGUUCUCAAGAUGGGUGCGGGGUCAUUUCAUACCCGGACCGAAGACCUACGACGGAAUCCGUUCGACAUCUCGGAUGAUAUAGCGGCCGAGGUCAUUGCGGCCGCCGCAGCAUGCAAGUUGUAUGUCUGGAAAAUGAUUGCCGUCUUGAAAGAAGCACUGAGGGAGGGAGACGAAGAAGAAAAAGUCGCCCAAGCCUGGUCAGCAUUCAUCGAGGCUGUGGGAAUAUUCAAGGUUAGCUUUCGUCCGCUCCUGAAUGGUUGUGAACGGAGACUUCCUUUCCUCGGCCAAGUGGAAAGAUUGAACUGGUACGAACUCAUGCUACAUUAUUACCUGGGCAUCCUCAUCUUGGUUGAUGCGGUGGAAGCCGCUGAGCGAAGCGAUCUGUUGGCACAGCUUGCCGAUACCAGAAUUGACGCUGAGCAUGAAGUUUUUAACGCAUUGAAGUUUGGACUCGAAAGCACUUACACCAUCCACGGACCGCCGGGCUCGAACUCAGAUACCAUUCCCGACGCGUCGGUCUCUGCAUCCUUUGUCGCCAUUGACCCAUAUCCACAUCAUGUGGUUGCUUGUGUACAGUUGAUGAACAAGGUGGUAAGCAGGGAGUACAAGAAAGGCAAAAUCAAGCCCGAGGCCCACCAAUACCUGAAAUCAACACUUCUCAAGGCCCUGGAACAGUUGCCUCAAACCUCCAAGUCAGUACGAGCGGCUCGGCACUACCUGCAUGCCUCACUUACCGAAUUGGAACCGAUUCCUGAGAAACAGGUGACGACCGACAAUGUCCAAUGGCCACCAUCAGUUUAUUGA